UUGUCUUACACAACGCACAGGUAAAUAUUUGUGAUUUUCUUCCUCACUGUUUUAUUUUGUCAAAUAUCUAAUGUGUUUUUUUUUCUGAAACCACUUGGAAAGCUCUUUUUGGCCACUGAGAUAUCAAAGAGAAAAUCUGAAUCUUCAAUCAAACACCAAUUUUAGAUAAAGAAGAGGGUCAUCAGGCACAGAAGAAGAAAAUCUUCAAACUUAUAUUGUGGCAAAUUAGCUGCCAGUGGGGGUUUCACACAGGUGACACAUUACUCAGACAAUAAAAGCUUCCAACAUGGGGAAUGCAACAAGUGGCGCACUAUCAAAGCAGAUCCUGGAGGACCUGAAGCUCAACACCAAAUUCACCCAGACUGAGAUCUGCCAGUGGUAUGAGAACUUUCAGAAGCAGUGUCCGACAGGGCGCAUUUCGCCAGAAGAGUUUGAGCAGAUCUAUACCCGCUUCUUCCCAGAGAGCGACGCCAAGAGCUAUGCCCGACAUGUGUUUCGUUCAUUUGACACCAACGCAGACGGCACUCUGGAUUUUAAGGAGUACAUCAUCGCACUGCACAUGACCUCCACCGGGAAGACGACCCAAAAGCUGGAGUGGGCCUUCUCGCUGUUUGACGUGGACAAGAACGGAUACAUCACCAGGACAGAAGUGACUGAGAUCUGCCAGGCCUUAUUUAAGCUGAUACCCAGAGAUGAGCAGAAAAAGUUGCCAAAUGAUGAGAACACACCCGACAAGAGAGCCAGAAAGCUGUGGUCAUACUUUGAAAAGAAAGACAACGAGCGACUGACUGAAGCAGAGUUCAUCAGAGGAGUGGUUGAAAAUGAAAACGCAAUGCGUCUUAUCCACUACGAAGCAAUGAAGCAAUAAAAUCAAAUGUACGUCCACUUUUCUCCCUCUGUAGACUCUUGACCUGGUUUUUGGGUUUUUCCAUUCCUCUUCUUGUACGAUGUGAACAAACCCUGUGCUAAAUACUUUCCCUGAAAUAUACUGUGCAAAAAAUUUUAAUAUUUAAUGUGACUAAAACUUGAAGAAAUAAGUAAAAGCUGCUAAAUAUGUAACAUUUAUGAAUAAAUAAAUGACCUGGCGUACAUCUUGAACAGCUACAAACAUGCAACACAAGACAGAGAAGCUACAAGAGUGGUCAAAUGGAA